AUGGCCGUGCCUCCUAUAAUUUCCAGGCGGUUCUCUGAUCUGGAUUGGAGACUUCUGCUCUUGAUCAUCCCUCCUAUUUCUCUCCUUAUUUUACUCUCUAUCUCCUUUAACCCCAUCAACCAUUUUUCCAGUUUUGCCCCUCUCGCUUCCCAUUUCCUCAACAAAACCAGCCUGAUCACUCUCCCCUCCACCACCCUAACAACAAAUUAUUCCUCAACUGCUCCCCCGAGUUUGCCGCUCGUGAAUCGGAGUGAGUCAACUCAGUGGAAAGAUGAGUUGGAGCGGUCGAGAAUGGCGGUGUGUUUGGUUGGUGGAGCCAGGAGGUUCGAACUGACUGGACCCUCAAUCGUGAAGAAUAUUCUCCAAGUGUAUCCAAAUGCAGACCUUUUUUUGCACAGUAAUUUCGAUAAGGAUGCUUUCAAAUUUUCUCUCUUGAAAACCGUGCCUAAGCUUGCCUCUGUCCGUAUUAUUAGUCCUAAACCGUUGCCCGAGACCUUGGCUCAGCUCCGGGUCCUUACAGCUGCUAAUUCUCCUAAUGGCAUCCAGGGUCUGCUUCAGUACUUCAACCUAGUAGAAGGAUGUCUGAGAAUGAUCCAGGAAUACCAAAACCUAAAGGGGUUCCAAUAUGAUUGGAUAGUCCGUACCCGUGUUGACGGGUACUGGAAUGCUCCGUUGGGUCCCGAAAAUUUCAUCCCGGGUCACUACAUGGUUCCACCAGGGUCAACAUAUGGUGGCCUUAAUGAUCGGCUUGGCAUUGGUGAUCUUAAAACCUCAACGAUAGCCCUUUCGCGUCUUUCUUUGGUUCCCCAACUUGAUGCUGCUGGAUUUCGUCAACUUAAUUCGGAAACUGCUUUUAAGGCUCAGCUUACUACACGAGGUGUUCCUUUCGAUACUAAAAGAGUACCCUUUUGUGUUGUUUCGGAUCGUAAAUAUGAGUUUCCUCCUGGCCGGUUUGGUGUGCCGGUGGCUGCAUUGUCGAGUCCGGGACCAUUAAGCGGUGCCAAAUGCAGGCCGUGUAAGCCGGUUUGUGAAGGAACUUGUGUAGCUGGUAUCAUGCCAUCGCUUUAUAAAGGUUGGAGUUGGACUAAUUGGGAAAACGGGACACUAAAGUUAUGUGAUGCUCAUGGUGAUUGGGAGGGAGGGUGGGAAAGGAUUUUCGAUAAAGUUGCUGGGAAGGAACUUGCUUCUGAAAGGAAAAGGAUUCGCGGUCUAAGUAGGAAGCGAUGUGUGGAUGAUUUUACUGAAAUGAAGAAAAAGGCUUCCAAGUGGGAUACUCCUCCAGUCGAAGAGAUAUGUAGAUUAGGCCUUGGAGAGAAUUAG